AACCGGCCGACUCCAGCGCCCACGGAACCCGCUGGACACUAGCGCCGAGGUGCGAGGUCUGCAGCGCGAGGGUCCAAGCCACAGCACUACGAGGUUCUCGAACGGCAAACACCCCGGGCCCAGCAGAGGAGGGUGCCCAGCUGGGUGGGGGGGAAGGGGUGUGGGCGCAACGGGAGAGGGACUGCAGGCAGGUCCCUCGGAUCUCCCGGGAAGUCGGGCACAGGACGAGGAAGGCCACACUGCUCGCCGAGCCCCGAGGGAAGCGCCCGGCUCCACGCCCUCGGGUGGGGACUCCUCGGCCCCAGCACCAGGCCGUCCGGCAGGCAGAACCGCCGACCGAAGCCGGACCCUGGGAAUUCGGCCCGGCUCGGCUCUUACCAUGCGACUGACAACAAGGCCGGUUGCUCCACGUCGAAGCCCCUCAAGUGGCCUGGCCUAAUACUGGAGUGAGACCCUGGCCCUAGGCUGGGGUUCUUUCCACAUAGAGGAGACGGAUUCAGAGGGGCUACAGACCAAGAUUGUUGAAAACCAGACAUAUGAUGAGCGUCUAGAGAUUAACGACUCUGAAGAGGUUGCAAGUAUUCAUACUCCAACCCCAGGACACAAGGGACUUCUUCAUCCCGCCCGUCUUCCUACCAAGACUAUGGCUGACAGUAGCAACAAUGAGUAUGGAGAGGAAAACAACAAGGAGAAGAAGAAGGCCUCGCAGCUGACACCUCAGCGGGGCUUCAGUGAAAAUGAUGAUGAUGAUGAUGAUGACUCAUCUGAGACGGAUUCUGAUGAAGAUGAUGAUGAUGAAGAGCACGGGGCCCCUCUGGAAGGGGCCUAUGAUCCUACAGAUUAUGAGCAUUUGCCAGUUUCAGCUGAGAUUAAGGAACUCUUCCAGUAUAUCAGCAGGUACACACCUCAGUUGAUUGACCUGGACCACAAACUGAAACCUUUCAUUCCUGAUUUUAUCCCUGCUGUUGGGGAUAUUGACGCAUUUUUAAAGGUCCCACGUCCUGAUGGAAAGCCUGACAACCUUGGCCUGUUGGUAUUGGAUGAGCCUUCUACAAAGCAGUCGGACCCCACCGUGCUCUCACUGUGGUUAACUGAGAAUUCCAAACAGCACAACAUCACGCAACAUAUGAAAGUAAAGAGCCUAGAAGAUGCAGAGAAGAAUCCCAAAGCCAUUGACACAUGGAUCGAGAGCAUCUCGGAGUUACACCGUUCUAAGCCCCCUGCGACUGUGCACUACACCAGGCCCAUGCCUGAUAUUGACACACUGAUGCAGGAAUGGUCCCCAGAGUUUGAAGAGCUUUUGGGCAAGGUGAGCCUGCCCACAGCAGAGAUUGACUGCAGCCUGGCGGAGUACAUUGACAUGAUCUGUGCCAUCCUAGACAUCCCUAUCUACAAGAGUCGGAUUCAGUCCCUGCACCUGCUCUUCUCCCUCUACUCGGAAUUCAAGAACUCACAGCAUUUUAAAGCUCUAGCUGAAGGCAAGAAAGCAUUCACCCCUCCAUCCAACUCCGCUUCCCAAGCUGGAGAUGCAGAGACAUUAACCUUCAGCUGAGACACCCCCCCGCCCCCGGGUCUCUCUGCUCCCAGGCUGAGCUGCCGCCUCUGCCCUGGCUGCGGCGACACAGUCAUCAGCCACGUGGCGACCGCGCCUGCACCACAGCCUGACUCGGACGUGGACAUCCUGCUGCCCUCUCUGCCAGAAAGUACUGCGUGUGUUCCUUAAAUGGCUUCUGCCUGUCUCCGCUUUUCCUCCCGUGGGAAUUAUGCACCUACACCACUGUGGGGACUUGAGUUAGAAGAACAGAAGGACUGGAACGUCUGGGAUUCCAGGGUGCUCAGGUUGGGAGGAAAGCUUCAAAGAUGUUCUUUUUGAGACAGCGAUGGAGUUCUUUUCUUUCAUUCUUAACGUUAUUGGCAAAGAUUUUGCAAAUAAAAUGCUCUAUCUUC